AUGGUCAAACCUCUAACUUUCAAAGGCGACAAGCCCAAAAAGCGCAAACACCGCGAAUACGCCUCCACGGAAUCGAAAUUCGGCGCGGACACAGGCACAAGCACAAGCACAAGGACCCCCGCAGAGGAAACCCAGCACCUAGAAGACAGCGCCGAAGACCAGAGCUGGGUGUCGGCCGACACGCCGUCAGAUAUCGCAGGCCCGGUGGUGCUCGUUCUGCCGUCCGACCCGCCAACGUGUAUCGCGAGCGAUGCGAACGGCAAGGUGUUUGCCAGCGAGCUGGAGAAUCUGAUUGAGGGGGAUGCCGCGACGGCGGAGCCGCAUGAUGUGCGGCAGGUGUGGGUUGCGACGAGGGUGGCAGGAACGGAGUCGUUGAGUUUCAAAGGGCAUCAUGGGAAAUACCUAAGCUGCGAUACCUACGGCAUCCUGAGCGCCUCCGCGUCCGCCAUCUCCCACUACGAAUCCUUCCUUGUGCUCCCCUCGACCGAUAUCCCGGGUACGUUUGCGCUGCAGACUGGCGGAGGCGACAAGGAGGCGUUUGUGUGUGUGCGGGAGGCUACGUCGAGCAGCAAGGCGAGCGGGCGCGUGAUCGAGGUGCGCGGCGACGCGAGCAGUCUCGGGUUUGAGACGACGCUGCGGAUCCGCAUGCAGGCGCGGUUCAAGCCGCGGAUCAAAGCGAGCAAGGAGACCAAGGCGAGGGAGAAGAUUAGUCGGAAGGAGUUGGAGGGGAUUGUGGGGAGACGGCUGGAGGAGCAUGAGGUAAAGAGGUUGAAGAGGGCGAGGAGGGAAGGGAAUUUCCAUGAGGAGGUGCUGGAUGUGAGGGUUAAGGGGAAGCAUGACAAGUUUGCUUGGUAG